AUGUCUAUCGUACCUGACAUCGCUCCUGAAGUGCCCUACGACGAGGAUAGUGAAGAGGAACAAGAAGUCUCGUGGCGUGAUCCUACCAUUCUUCCUGAUCGACAUGCAUUGCGUUUGGCGCAAGGACGUGAACUGGAUCGUAUGGAUUUUGACGUGCACCAUGCCGAAGGACCUGACCAAAUGCCCGUUGAUUGCUGGAUGUUACCUCCCGAGUACACGUUGACUGAUGUCCUUGGCGAGAAGCGAUUCAAGCUUGACGAGAUUCGACGCGACACCAGUGCUUCUUUGAAAUACAAUGCCAGCAAGCAUCAAGUGGAUAUUUGGGGCGAGAAAUCAAGCGUGCAGCGUGCAAAGCAGCAUUUGGAUCUUAUUGUUGCGCGUCUCAACGAGAAGGCUGAUGCAAAUCGACGACGUACUAAGAAGUGGGGCAAACCUGAACGUGAGCUCACACCACGCGAGAAGCGACGUGUUGACCGCAAGGCUGCACAGCAAGCUGAACAGCGUAGUUACCAAGGCUACCCUGAUGCUCCUCAACCUUACAAUGCCAUCGUGCCUCUCCCAAGUGAUGAUGUUCCGUUGACAAAGCUGUUGGGUACCCGAGAUGCUUUCCUCAAUCAGAUUCGUGCUAGCUGCAAAUGUUGGAUGUAUGUGGAUAAGAACAAGGACAACACCGUACGCAUUGCUGGUCAAGAAGAAGAUCGUGUUAUCAUGGCUGCCACUCGUAUGCGCAAUUGGUAUUUGCUCAAUGUUCGACAACCCUAUCGUGCCGUUCUUCAUUUGAUGAAACAGCCACGCAACUAUAUGCUUGUCAAGUACCGAAAGCUGCCUCAAGGAUUUGUCACGUAUCGAUAUGCCACUGGAAGCACUCAGCAGAUGAUGUUAUCAGACCACCGACUAUUGGAAUCCAUCAAUAUUGGUCGCUAUGAUGAAUCACGUAUCGACUCCAGCACCAAUGAGGAUAGCACCAACUUGAUCGACUUGGAUGAUCCCAUCACCACCGACACACCAUCAGCAACCAAGGAAGAGGACAACAACAGCAGCAACCUUCCCGAAAACCUUCAACACAUGGAUGAGGACAACGCCAAUCGGAUACGUCACGCGUUAGAGUAUGGUCUUGAGAGUAUUCGAUUGUUUGAUUGGGAGAUCCGUAUGAAGCUUCGUUUUGGCCAAGUGUGUUUGAUCAAUUACCGCCGCAUUGACGAUACCAUUCAAGUGGACAAGCUGGCAUUGAAGACCUUCAACAACCCCAAAUUCCAUAUGGCAUUGGCUCCUUGUGUUGGACGUACGAUGGAUGAUAUGCGAGGUCUCUUUGAGUAUUUGAAUCAGCAUGCCACCGAGUUUAAUGGAUCCCCACAAACCUCAUUUGUCAUCGAGGCCAAGCAAUACCUCACCUUCACAGCCAAGCAAAGUCCACCGAGCCAUCGAUCACGACGCGAAGUAUCAGCACCACCACCAAAUGAUGACAACAUGACACACACAACAACAAUUUGCAACUUUACCAAUGAGCGACGCGUUGGCUUAUGGAACACGUUGACGGAUUGCCGUGAUCACAUCACUGUCAACUGUGCAGAUUUGGAGUCGGAGUAUUCGUGGGAUCUUAAGCUGCAAACAGCACGCCGCCUCAUCUCUGACAAUAUGGAUUCACCCCAUGGCAAGUUUGUCGAUAGCCUUCGCUUGAAUGAGACCACUGGCCGCAUGAAUUUACUUGCCAAAUCGCCUGACUAUACCCCUAUGAUUGUGACGCAAAAGACAAAGUGGCUCUAUGAGUACGAUGAAAAGUGGAUUAUUGAAAUCAUUCGUGAUGAAAUCUGGGACUUGGAAUUGAUGGACAUCCCUGAAAAGCGACAAGAAUUCCACAUUGAUUUGUCUGAUCAAGAGCCUCAUCGUGUUUUAUUCAAGGUUUCCGCUCGUCGAGAAGAAUGGACCGAUCGUUUCGCUGACAAUCUUGGACUUGAAAUUGGACAAGCUCCCUACUGGACUCCACGUGACUUUUUAUCAACCAACACUGAAAGCGCCCAAAAAAUCAUGAACAUGGCCCAAAAGAUCAGCUCCAUUCUCUCAUCAGAGGUACCCCAAUAUUGGAACACGCUCAUGUAG